CCCUUUGCUUCUCCUCCCCUCCCCUCCCGGCGCUGCGGAGCCGGAAGCCGCGCGGAUGAGCGGAGCCAGGCGCUGGGCCAGCCCCGCUUGGCGGCGAGUUAUAGAGAGAUCCUUCUCGUUACACAAAACGCAUUCUAUAAAGGAUAUGGAGAAUAUUUUUCAGUUGGUGCGCAAUGUAAUCCCUCCUCUAGCAGGAAAGAAGCAUAAGGGUCAAGAUGGACGUAUAGGCAUCAUUGGAGGAUGUCAAGAGUACACAGGAGCACCGUAUUUUGCUGCAAUUACAGCUCUCAAAGUGGGUGCAGAUUUAUCCCACGUAUUUUGUACCAAAGAUGCAGCAACUGUAAUAAAGUCAUAUAGUCCGGAGCUGAUUGUUCAUCCAGUUCUUGACAGUCCUAAUGCUGUUCAUGAAGUGGAAAAGUGGUUACCACGACUGCAUUCAAUUGUCAUAGGACCCGGUUUAGGUAGAAAUGAUGUACUACUUGAGAAUGCUAAGGGUAUUAUAGAAAAAUCCAAGGUCAAAGGAAUCCCUAUUGUCAUUGAUGCCGAUGGAUUGUGGCUCAUAUCCCAACAGCCUUCUCUUAUUCAAGGCUACCAGAGAGCUAUUCUUACUCCAAAUUAUAUGGAGUUCAGCAGACUGUACGAAGCUAUGCUUAGAGACCCUGUAGAUAGUAAUGAUCAUCAUGGAUGUGUGUUAAGGCUCAGCCAAGCCAUGGGGAAUUUGACAGUUGUUCAGAAGGGAGAACGAGAUCUUAUUUCAGAUGGAGAAAAAGUACUCGUCUGCAGUCAUGAAGGAAGCAGCAGAAGAUGUGGUGGACAAGGAGACCUCCUUUCAGGUUCCCUUGGAGUUUUAGCACAUUGGGCAUUUCUUGCUGGACCAGAAAAGACAAAUGGUCAGAAUCCUUUCCUAGUGGCUGCAUUUGGAGCUUGUUCUCUUACAAGGCAAUGUAACAACCAAGCCUUUCAGAAAUUUGGACGUUCAAUGACUGCCUCUGAUAUGGUUUCAGAAGUUGGAACAGCUUUUAACAAACUUUUUGAAACCUGAAGCCAAAGCAGCAGAGAGGAAGAUGAGGAAGAAUAAUGGCUGCAACAGUAAUUAAAUUUACAGUAGAAUUUACAUAAGUAAUGCACCCUUUCAAGUGCUGUAGCAGCAUUGGUAUGCUAGGUAGAUUUUUUUAUUUUUAAGAAUAGAAAAAUAUGAUUAAUGUAGAUAUUUUUUAAGAGUUUGGAAUACAAAAAUGUUUUGGCUGAAAUAAGCUGUAGUUGCAGAUCUGUUAUAAUAUAAUAAAACUAAACUGAAAGUAUUCCUGUUCUUUUUCAUAGUUAUUGAGCAAUAACUAAAGUGUGUGCGAACUGCAAAAAUGCACUUGAUACUUAUAAUGAAAGUAAAAUUCUUCCACCAGCUCAACAGAAUUUCUUGGCUUACACCAAGGAUGUCAUGAUUUUGUUCUUAGACUGUGUUUCUAGGACUAACUGCUGCACUUCAUUUUUCUCCAUGCUGUUUUCCCUUUAUUUAACUAGGUCUCUUCGGGAAAGGAAUGUUUCAAAUGUAAUUGGUUGUUUCAAAUGUAAUUGGUUGCCUUUGCUCAUUCCUAGUCUCUGAGGUGUCAUUCUUUGAAUUUUAGGUUCUCUUUUUUUUCCCCUUAAAGAAAAAAAAAGAGGAUCAACAUGUUUAAAAACUAGUCCCAAGCCCCCUUAGAAUAAGGUCUUACUGUAGAAGCGUCAGCAUGAGACAUAGGAAUUAUGCUUAGCUGAAUUUAUUUACUUUAUAUUCCAUUACUGUUCUGGAUUAGUCUAGAAUGUAAUAUGAAAAAAUGUGAAAUUUAGUGAUUCAGAGAGGUACUAGGCGUGGUGAGAAACAAGUGAUAUUUAAACUGGUCACAAAUGUCAGUGGUGAUAAGAGAUUGAGUGCUUUUAGGCCAGUUAUGUGACUCCAAUUGCUGGACUGUGGCUGGAUUGCUGGGUCUGAGAACAUUAGCGUAUAUAUGCAUCUACAGCUAUUAAUCACCAGCAUAAAUAUUAAUUGAAGGGACGAAAGGCAGAAGGCUGCAUUUAAUUAGGCUGCAUUAGUGGCAUGCAGGCAGUCAAAUGCAGCUAGCUCACUAAAAGACUCUACUGGGGGCAGGGGAUUGAUGAAAAUGACAGUUGUCAAGCUUCAACUGUAGCAGCUGAGUUUUUAAAGGCUUUUGCUUCAUCAUCAUAACAGUGGAAGCACUUAGUGUCAUGGAGGAAGUGUUCAUGGUUUCAUUUGUAUCUUGCUAGCUGGAUGAAUUAGAUGGCAGAACUCUUCUAAAAUCAGGAGCUGUGUGGGAUUUGAUGGAGUCUGGGUUUCUUUAAACUUCAGAAAUUCAGCCUUAGCGCAUUGGGAGAGAACUAAUUUCAGGGGGGAAACAAAAUCAAAUACAUUUCUUACACUUUCAGUAAGUACCAACUUGUGUGGCCCUAUGAUCAACAUAUAACGUAAUGUACAUACUAGAGUGUAGGAACAAGCCUAACGAUGGCAUAUUAUCACAUGAUAUGUGUCCAUGUCAACCACUUUUCCAGUGGCCUGUUUCUACAAUGGAGUUUGAUACCAUACACAUUAGUCAGAUUGCACUUCAGCCUCUUGUAUAGCUUCCUGCAGUGAAUACCUGAAAUCAAAAGGCUGCUCUGAAUAUGUCCUUACCCUUAUAAUUAAUAUUGUUGGAUGCACUGUGACGACUACCUCACCCCAAUGCAUUUUGGUUUUUCCUUUUAAACUGGUUACCUAUUUUUAAAAUGGGUUUUUAAAUAAUGUUGGCUCAUUCUGUUCUGUCAGGGUUCUAAUAUUUUUUUUUUUAAAUAAGAGCAAAUGGUCUCCUCACAAAAGAUGAAUUCACAGUGUAUUACAAUUACACUGUUUUGUAAACUUUCCUUGGAGGGAAAGUAAACUAUUGCUUUCUCCCUUUGGAAUUAUUUUGAACCCUGAUUCCAGAAAUCAGAAAAUUAAACUGUUUUAAAACAGCUGUCAAAUCUGUUUAAGAUAUUUUUUUUUGUAUUUGGAGCAUAAAUAGUAUUAUUUCUAACUUACAUUUGUAGGUAAAGCCAAAUCAGUGAAGACUUUUUUUUCCCUCAAAAUGAAAUGGCUUGGUAUCAAUGAUCAGUAUGGAUUUGUUUUAACAAUACACAAAGUUGUAACUUUGUAAUUCCCCAAUGUAUACCAAUUGUUACCAUUUAAUUUUAAAAAUUCUGAAAAUGUAGCAAUUUCUUUCCAUAGGAAAUAAAAAUAUAGCAAAU